AUGGCAAGUCGGCUUUGGCUGAAAGAGAGGUUUGCCACAUUCAAGUAUACCGCGACGGACACGAGCACUGACAUCAUGGAGCUGGAGCGACUCGUGCUAGAGAUGAAUAUAACGUCGUCUGGACCGAGUGAAUAA